AUGCGAGAACCAGCAGUACAAGAACCGGUAGUACAAGAACCGGCAGUACAAGAACCAGCACUACAAGAACCAGCAGAUGUUGGAUUAAAAAAAUAUGGAACCAAGGUACCCACACGACAUGCCGAUUCUCGAACAUCCAAAAAUCGGCUUCCUUUAUAUAAUUCUUUUUUUCCUGAGUUAGUUGAAAUUCAAAUGCAUUUGGAAGACUAUUCUAUGUGCGAUCGGCACUAUAAUCAACUCAUAGCUUCUAAUUAUUUUCAUUGUCAUCUUUUAAAUUUAAAUAGUCAGCGGCAUAAUCCAAAAUGGCAAGUUGAAAGUCAUGAUUCUGAAACCGAAUUUAUCGAAAAACAAACAUGUGAAAUUGGUGUACAGGUUGGAAAACAAUCAUGUGAGGUUGGUGUACAAACGUCUGAAUCUAUAAUUCAAGACUUUGAAAAUUAUGUAAUUUUACUUCAAGAGCAAUUAAAUAAAAAAAUAAGUGAAAUAGAAGAUCUUUGA